AUGCGCCCGGAAGUUGAACAGGAGCUUGCUCAUACCUUGCUGGUUGAGCUUUUGGCUUACCAGUUUGCCUCGCCGGUGAGAUGGAUCGAGACUCAAGAUGUUGUUCUCGCAGAACAACGAACAGAACGGAUUGUCGAAAUUGGCCCGGCAGACACAUUGGGUGGCAUGGCUAGGCGAACGAUUGCGUCUAAAUAUGAAGCAUAUGACGCCGCAACGUCGGUGCAGCGCCAAAUACUCUGCUACAACAAGGAUGCCAAGGAGAUAUACUAUGACGUGGAUCCUAUAGAGGAGGAAGCGGAAGUUGAAACAGCACCUGCAUCCAGUGCCCCGGCACCUGCUGCUCCCGCGGCCGCAGCGGCACCCGCAGCGGCAGCACCGCCACCUCCCAGCGCCGGCCCGGCAGCAGCAGUCGAGGACACCCCGGUCACGGCAGUCGAUAUUCUGAGGACCCUCGUAGCACAGAAGUUGAAGAAGGGCUUGUCAGACGUACCUCUGAGCAAGGCUAUCAAGGACUUGGUGGGAGGUAAAUCGACACUGCAAAAUGAAAUCCUCGGAGAUCUCGGCAAAGAAUUCGGGUCUACGCCAGAAAAACCAGAAGACACGCCCCUCGAUGAGUUGGGCGCAUCCAUGCAAGCGACGUUCAACGGCCAGCUGGGUAAACAGUCUUCCUCUCUCAUUGCUCGCCUGGUGUCAUCCAAAAUGCCUGGUGGCUUUAACAUCACGGCUGUCCGCAAAUAUCUGGAGACACGAUGGGGCUUGGGGUCUGGCAGGCAAGAUGGUGUUCUUCUCCUCGCUCUAACGAUGGAGCCUGCCUCUCGUAUCGGAUCUGAGCCUGAUGCCAAGGCGUAUCUUGAUGAUGUCGCCAACAAGUAUGCCGCGAGUGCAGGUAUCAACCUUUCUGCCCCGACAAGUGGCGGUGACAGUGGAGGAAAUACCGGAGGCAUGCUUAUGGACCCUGCUGCUAUCGAUGCAUUGACCAAGGAUCAACGUGCCCUCUUCAAGCAGCAAUUGGAGAUCAUUGCACGAUACUUGAAGAUGGACCUGCGUGCCGGCCAAAAGGCAUUCAUCGACUCUCAGGAAACCCAGAGAACGCUGCAGGCCCAGCUGGAUUUGUGGCAGGCUGAACACGGUGAUUUUUACGCGUCCGGCAUCGAGCCCGCCUUUGACUCGCUGAAGGCACGCGUAUACGACUCCUCUUGGAACUGGGCCCGGCAGGAUGCCCUGAGCAUGUACUACGAUAUCAUCUUUGGCAGACUGAGGGUCGUAGAUCGCGAGAUUGUGAGCCAGUGUAUCCGCAUCAUGAACCGCUCAAACCCCCUUCUUCUUGAAUUCAUGCAAUACCAUAUCGACAACUGCCCAACCGACCGGGGUGAGACGUAUAAACUCGCCAAGGAGCUGGGCCAGCAACUCAUUGAGAACUGCAAGGAGGUUCUGGGUGUAUCCCCCGUGUAUAAGGAUGUUGCUAUUCCUACUGGUCCCCAGACCACUAUCGAUGCGCGAGGAAACAUUGGAUACCAGGAAGUUCCUCGAGCUAGUGCUCGCAAGCUGGAGCACUACGUUAAGCAGAUGGCAGAGGGCGGCCCCAUCUCAGAAUACAGCAACCGAACCAAGGUGCAAAAUGAUCUUCGGAGCGUUUAUAAGCUGAUCAAAAGACAACACCGCCUCUCGAAAUCCUCCCAGUUGCAAUUCAACACGCUUUACAAGGAAGUAAUCCGCGCCUUGAGCAUGAACGAGAACCAGAUCAUGCCGCAAGAAAAUGGCAGCUCCAAAAAGUCUGGCCGAAACGGUCUGAAGCGCAACGGAACCCCGCAUACAGGCAAGGUGGAAACGAUCCCUUUCUUGCACCUGAAGAAGAAGAUGGAGCACGGCUGGGAAUACAACAAGAAGCUUACGGGUGUCUACCUCGACGUCAUGGAAUCGGCUGCUCGAUCGGGCCUGACAUUCCACGGCAAAAAUGUUUUGAUGACAGGUGCUGGCGCCGGCUCGAUUGGUGCUGAGGUUCUGCAGGGCUUGAUCAGUGGUGGAGCCAAGGUCGUCGUGACAACUAGUCGGUACUCACGCGAAGUUACCGAGUACUACCAGGCAAUGUACGCCCGUUACGGGGGCCGUGGUUCGCAAUUGGUUGUGGUUCCUUUCAACCAAGGUAGCAAGCAGGAUGUGGAGGCUCUCGUUGAUUACAUCUAUGAUGCCAAAAAGGGCCUCGGCUGGGACCUGGACUUUGUCGUCCCGUUUGCCGCAAUUCCCGAAAAUGGCCGCGAGAUUGAUUCCAUUGACUCCAAAUCAGAGCUUGCCCAUCGCAUCAUGUUGACCAACCUUCUGCGACUGCUAGGCUGCAUCAAGUCUCAGAAGCAAGCCAAUGGCUUCGAGACUCGCCCUGCCCAGGUUAUCCUACCCUUGUCCCCCAACCACGGUACUUUCGGAAACGACGGCUUGUAUUCUGAGUCGAAGCUCGCUUUGGAGACCCUGUUCAACCGCUGGUACUCCGAAAGCUGGAAUAGCUAUUUGACUAUCUGUGGCGCCGUGAUUGGUUGGACUCGUGGUACCGGAUUGAUGAGUGGGAAUAAUAUGGUCGCUGAAGGAGUCGAAAAACUCGGCGUCCGUACUUUCUCCCAGCAGGAGAUGGCCCUCAAUCUUCUCGGUCUGAUGGCACCUGCAAUUGUCAAUCUCUGCCAGCUUGACCCGGUUUGGGCCGACCUUAACGGUGGUCUUCAGUUCAUCCCUGACCUCAAGGGUCUCAUGACCAGCCUUCGCUCCGACAUCAUGGCGACGAGCGAUGUUCGGCAAGCAGUCAUUAAGGAAACGGCGAUUGAAAACAAGAUCGUCAACGGAGAGGACAGUGAAGUACUCUACAAGCGUGUUACUGCAGAGCCUCGCGCCAAUAUCAAGUUUGAGUUCCCCAACCUACCUGACUGGGAUGAAGAUAUCAAGCCCCUCAACGAUUCCCUCAAGGGUAUGGUCAACCUGGACAAAGUUGUUGUCGUCACCGGUUUCUCAGAAGUUGGACCUUGGGGAAACUCGCGGACACGCUGGGAAAUGGAAGCGCAUGGAAAGUUCUCCCUCGAAGGCUGUGUGGAAAUGGCUUGGAUCAUGGGACUCAUUAAACAUCACAAUGGUCCGCUAAAGGGGAAGGCGUAUUCCGGCUGGGUCGAUUCGAAGACCGGUGAACCCGUGGACGAUAAGGAUAUCAAGGCAAAAUAUGAGAAGUUCAUUCUUGAGCAUUCCGGUAUUCGUCUUAUUGAACCCGAACUGUUCAAGGGUUAUGAUCCCAAGAAGAAACAGCUGCUCCAGGAGAUUGUGAUCCAGGAAGACCUGGAUCCGUUUGAAGCUUCCAAGGAGACUGCGGAGGAGUUCAAGCGCGAGCAUGGCGACAAGGUUGAGAUCUUUGAAGUCCCCGAAUCAGGAGAGUUCACUGUUCGCCUCAGGAAGGGGGCCACUCUCCUCAUCCCCAAGGCCCUCCAGUUCGACCGCCUCGUUGCUGGACAAGUCCCGACCGGCUGGGAUGCGAAGAGAUAUGGUAUCCCUGAUGAUAUUAUUGAGCAAGUCGAUCCGGUCACACUGUUCGUUCUUGUCUGCACUGCGGAGUCGAUGCUAUCAGCAGGUAUCACCGACCCGUACGAAUUCUACAAGUACGUUCACCUCUCGGAGGUCGGUAAUUGCAUUGGUUCUGGUAUUGGAGGAACGCAUGCCUUGCGGGGUAUGUAUAAGGAUCGUUACCUGGACAAGCCCCUCCAAAAGGACAUUCUCCAGGAGUCUUUCAUCAACACCAUGAGUGCGUGGGUCAACAUGCUGCUGCUGUCCUCAACAGGACCUAUCAAGACUCCUGUUGGCGCUUGUGCCACCGCUGUCGAGUCCGUUGAUAUUGGUUAUGAGACUAUUGUCGAAGGAAAGGCUCGCGUCUGCUUUGUUGGUGGAUUCGACGACUUCCAGGAAGAAGGAUCGUAUGAAUUCGCCAAUAUGAAGGCUACCAGUAAUGCCGAGGACGAAUUUGCCCAUGGCCGCACUCCGCAGGAAAUGUCUCGACCCACGACCACCACUCGUGCUGGGUUCAUGGAAUCCCAAGGCUGCGGUAUGCAGCUUAUCAUGAGUGCACAGCUUGCUUUGGAUAUGGGCGUUCCCAUUCAUGGUGUCAUUGCUUUGACGACCACAGCCACGGACAAGAUCGGGCGCUCUGUUCCUGCUCCGGGCCAGGGUGUUCUUACCACUGCCCGUGAGAACCCCGGCAAGUUCCCUUCGCCGUUGUUGGAUAUUAAGUAUCGCCGCCGACAACUCGAUUUGCGGAGAAAGCAGAUCAAGGAGUGGCAGGAAUCGGAACUGCUGUACCUCCAGGAGGAAGUUGGGGCCAUGGCUUCUCAGAACUCCGACUCCUUUGACGUGUCAGAAUACAUGCAGGAGCGAGCUCAGCACAUUGAACGGGAGGCUAUUCGACAAGAAAAGGAUGCACAGUUCAGCCUUGGAAACAACUUCUGGAAACAAGAUUCUCGCAUCGCCCCUCUCCGCGGUGCUCUUGCUACAUGGGGUCUUACUGUUGAUGAUAUUGGUGUUGCCUCUUUCCACGGAACCUCCACCGUGGCAAAUGACAAGAACGAAUCCGACGUCAUCUGCCAACAGAUGAAACACCUGGGCCGUCAGAAGGGUAACGCUCUCUUGGGUAUCUUCCAGAAGUAUCUCACGGGACAUCCGAAGGGUGCAGCUGGCGCAUGGAUGUUUAACGGAUGCUUGCAGGUCUUGGACAGCGGUCUUGUCCCGGGCAAUCGCAACGCCGAUAAUGUUGACAAGGUCAUGGAGAAGUUUGAUCACAUUGUCUACCCCAGCCGCAGCAUUCAGACGGAUGGAAUCAAGGCGUUCUCGGUUACGUCUUUCGGUUUUGGCCAGAAGGGUGCUCAAGUCAUUGGCAUCCACCCGAAGUAUCUGUUUGCAGCCUUGGAUCGGGCCCAAUUCCACACCUAUAAAACCAAGGUCGAGGCCAGACAAAAGAAGGCGUACCGCUUCUUCCACAACGGCUUGAUCAACAACAGCAUCUUCGUCGCCAAGAACAAAGCGCCGUAUGAAGAUGACCUUCAAAGCAAGGUUUUCCUCAACCCCGAUUACCGCGUGACGAUGGACAAGAAGACCUCGGAGCUGAAGUUCCCCACGGCACCUCCCAAGCCCACAUAUCAAGGUGCCAAUAGUACUCGGCAGAUGGUGGAGUCGUUGGCCAAUGCCAAUGUCGCUGACGAUUCAAAGAUCGGCGUCGACGUUGAGAACAUCGACGCGGUCCCUAUCGAUAACGAGACGUUUGUGGAGAGAAACUUCACUUCCAAGGAGGAGCAGUAUUGCCGCCAGGCAGCAUCUCCCCGGGCGUCUUUUGCUGGACGUUGGAGUGCAAAGGAGGCUGUUUUCAAGUCUCUCGGCGUCUCCAGUAAAGGUGCCGGAGCUCCACUGAAAGACAUCGAGAUUGUGAAUGAUGCUACCGGGGCACCCGUGGUCACUCUCCAUGGCGCUGCGGCCGAGGCCGCUCAGCAGAAUGGUGUUAAGCAGGUUACUGUCAGCAUAAGCCAUAGCGAUUCCCAGGCCGUUGCUGUUGCCGUUUCGAAGUUUUGA